AGAAGACGGCUGAUCCCGGACGCAGGGUCUUUUCUCUGGGCUUGUUUGAAUGUGCCGGACCCCCCUCCACCUCCACCUCCACCACCACCACCCCUUCCCCAGUCCCACCCACCGCUCUGCAACACAAACACACCACCAGUCUUCAUUUACUGGAUCUCUGCUCUUUGUUAUCAGUCUUUUCCCCUCCCUGUGCUUUUUUAUUCCAGGAGAAAAAGAGAGAAAGAAAGAGUGAGUGUGAAAGAGGAGGAGGGAGUUUAUUGUUUCUUUUUUCUCCCCUCUUCCCCUUUUUUUGUUGCACGGAUUGAUUUCUGACUUGAAUCUUGGACCCGGUGUGUUUUUCUAUCCUCGGGGCUACUGCUGCUGCAGGACCACAGCUGAUGCUUGCACCAAUGUAAUUAGUGUCCAAAAAAAGAAAGAAGAAAGAAAGAAGAGAAGGAACAAACAAAUAAAAAGGAAGAUUUUUCUCCUGCAGUCUAAGGUGGUCUGUCAAUCAUUUUUAUUCCACCACCACUGCAGUUGUCAAGUUGGAGCCCUGCAGGGAAAUGGACAAACCCCUCUGAGCUGCAGACUCUCUGCCUCACUAACACAACCACAGGACGGACAAGGAUCCCCCCAUUUCUCCUCCUCCUCCUCCCUCCGCCGCCUCGACUGGAGCGUGAAGCCACCAGAACAUGUUUACCGCCUUGUUUCCAUUGUAACCGAGAGGAGCAUGCACGCCCAGGACAGGAGUUAACCUCAGCGUUUACCUUCCUCCACCUUCCUCCUGUGAGAACUACACUACCCACAAUUCCUGUGAACUGACGAGCCAAGACUGACAUAUAGAUCAGUUUAAAUUAAGAAGAAGAAGGAAAAAAAGACACUCACUACAAAAAGAAGAACAACAUUGCUGUGAAGAAGAUCAAUAUGGCCAACAACACGGCAGACCACCCUCCGGGGAAUUCGGUUGCCGAGGGCAACCAUGACGGGGACUUUGGGGUGACCACGACGGACCUGAGGGGCCUGAUGGAGCUGCGGAGUGGCGAGGCCGUCAACAAAAUACGGGACACGUACGGAGACGUGCAGGGAAUCUGCCGCCGCCUGAAAACAUCACCUAUAGAAGGUCUUUCUGGAAACCCCGUUGAUCUGGAGAAACGUCACACGGCUUAUGGACAGAACUUCAUCCCCCCAAAGAAGGCCAAGACGUUCCUGCAGCUCGUGUGGGAGGCUCUGCAGGACGUCACGCUUAUUAUCCUGGAAAUCGCUGCCAUCAUCUCGCUGGGUUUGUCCUUCUACCAUCCACCAGGGGGCGACGCUGAAGCAUGUGGACAGUCUGCAGGCGGCGCGGAAGACGAGGGCGAGGCUCAGGCCGGCUGGAUCGAGGGCGCCGCCAUCCUGUUCUCGGUCAUCAUCGUGGUUCUGGUGACGGCCUUCAACGACUGGUCAAAGGAGAAGCAGUUCCGUGGGCUUCAGAGUCGUAUCGAGCAGGAGCAGAAGUUCACCGUCAUCCGCAAAGGCCAGGUCAUCCAGAUCCCCGUGGCCGAGAUCGUGGUGGGAGACAUCGCUCAGAUCAAAUACGGCGACCUGCUGCCCGCUGACGGGAUUCUGAUCCAAGGCAACGAUCUGAAGAUUGAUGAGAGCUCUCUCACAGGAGAGUCCGACCAGGUCCGCAAAUCUAUGGAGAAGGACCCCAUGCUGCUGUCCGGGACCCACGUGAUGGAGGGAUCAGGCAGGAUGGUGGUGUCAGCUGUCGGCCUCAACUCUCAAACCGGCAUCAUCUUCACCCUUCUGGGCGCCGGCGACCACGACGAAGAGAAGAAGGUCAAGAAAAGUAAAAAACAAGGACCCCCCGAAAAUCGCAACAAAGCCAAGACCCAGGAUGGCAUCGCCCUGGAGAUCCAGCCGCUGAAGAGCGAGGAGGCCGCCGAGUCGGAGGAGAAGGAGGAGAAAGAGGAGGUCAAAGCUGUUAAGAAAGUCAAUGUGACCAAGAAGGAGAAGUCCGUGCUGCAGGGUAAACUGACCAGACUGGCCGUGCAGAUCGGGAAGGCUGGUCUGAUCAUGUCAGCCGUGACCGUCAUCAUCCUCAUCCUCUACUUCGUGAUCCACACCUUCGGGAUCCAGGGUCGGACCUGGGUUGCCGAGUGCACCCCCAUCUACAUCCAGUACUUUGUCAAGUUCUUCAUCAUCGGCGUGACGGUGCUGGUGGUGGCCGUUCCCGAGGGGCUGCCUCUCGCCGUCACCAUCUCUCUGGCCUACUCUGUCAAGAAAAUGAUGAAGGAUAACAACCUGGUGCGUCACUUGGAUGCCUGCGAAACCAUGGGCAACGCCACGGCCAUUUGCUCCGACAAGACGGGAACGCUAACCAUGAACCGGAUGACGGUGGUGCAGGCGUACAUCGGCGAUACACACUACAAGACGGUCCCCGAACCGGACGCUAUCAAACCAGAGACUCUAGAAGUUAUGGUCAACAGCAUCUCCAUCAACUCUGCUUACACCACUAAAAUCCUGCCUCCGGAGAAAGAAGGCGGCCUGCCUCGCCACGUGGGAAACAAGACGGAGUGCGCUCUGCUGGGUAUGGUGCUGCAAAUGAAGAGGGACUACCAGCCAAUCAGAGACGAGAUCCCCGAAGAGAAACUCUACAAGGUUUACACAUUCAACUCCUCCCGCAAGUCCAUGAGCACGGUGCUGAAGAACGCCGACGGGGGCUUCCGCAUGUACAGCAAGGGAGCGUCAGAGAUCGUCCUGAGGAAAUGCUCUCGUAUCUUGGACGCCCAGGGCCAGCCCCGCGUCUUCAAGCCCAAGGACCGUGACGAGAUGGUGCACAAGGUGAUCGAGCCGAUGGCGUGCGACGGGCUGAGAACCAUCUGCGUGGCCUACAGGGAUUUCCCCGCUGAAGCCGGAGAGCCCAACUGGGACAUCGAGAACGACAUCCUGAACGAGCUCACCUGCAUCGUCGUGGUCGGGAUCGAGGACCCCGUCAGACCCGAGGUACCUGAGGCUAUUUCUAAGUGCCAGCGUGCCGGCAUCACUGUGCGUAUGGUGACUGGAGACAACAUCAACACCGCCCGCGCCAUUGCAUCAAAGUGUGGCAUCCUGCUGCCCGGGGAAGACUUCCUGUGUUUGGAGGGCAAAGAGUUCAACCAGCAGAUCCGUAACGACCAGGGAGAGGUGGAACAAGAGCGUCUGGAUAAAGUUUGGCCCAAACUGCGUGUGCUGGCUCGUUCCUCACCGACAGACAAACACACUCUGGUUAAAGGCAUCAUUGACAGCACGGUGGGAGAAACCCGACAGGUGGUGGCAGUGACUGGAGACGGUACCAACGACGGGCCCGCCCUCAAGAAAGCUGAUGUCGGCUUUGCAAUGGGAAUCGCCGGCACAGAUGUGGCAAAGGAGGCGUCUGACAUCAUCCUGACCGACGACAACUUCACCAGCAUCGUCAAGGCCGUCAUGUGGGGUAGGAACGUCUACGACAGCAUCUCCAAGUUCCUGCAGUUCCAGCUGACCGUCAACGUGGUUGCCGUUAUCGUGGCGUUCACCGGCGCUUGCAUCACACAGGAUUCCCCUCUGAAGGCCGUCCAGAUGCUGUGGGUCAACCUCAUCAUGGACACUCUGGCGUCUCUCGCUCUGGCCACCGAACCUCCGACUGAAUCUCUGCUGCUUCGUAAACCGUACGGCCGCAACAAGCCGCUCAUCUCCAGGACCAUGAUGAAGAACAUCCUGGGCCACGCCGUCUAUCAGCUCGUCAUCAUCUUCACCCUCCUCUUCGCCGGUGAGAACUUCUUCGACAUCGACAGCGGUCGUAACGCUCCCCUGCACUCACCGCCGUCGGAGCAUUACACCAUCGUGUUCAACGUGUUCGUCAUGAUGCAGCUCUUCAACGAAAUCAACGCCAGGAAGAUCCACGGAGAGAGGAACGUGUUCGAGGGCAUCUACAGGAACCCCAUCUUCUGCAGCGUCGUACUGGGCACCUUCAUCCUGCAGAUCAUCAUCGUUCAGUUCGGAGGGAAGCCGUUCUCCUGCACAGCUCUGACAAUCGACCAGUGGCUGUGGUGCGUGUUCAUCGGUGUGGGAGAGCUGCUGUGGGGACAGCUGAUCUCGGCCGUCCCGACCCACCACCUGAAGUUCCUGAAGGAGGCCGGUCACGGCAUCACGAAAGAGGAGAUCCCCGAGGAGGAUCUGACAGAGGACGCAGAUGAGAUCGACCACGCUGAGAUGGAGCUGAGGAGAGGCCAGAUCCUCUGGUUCAGAGGUUUGAACCGCAUCCAGACGCAGAUUAAGGUGGUGAACGCGUUCCGUAGCUCCCUGUACGCGGGGCUGGAGAGCCCAGAGUCCCGUAGCUCCAUCCACAGCUUCAUGGCCCAUCCCGAGUUCGUCCCCUUAUCCGAGGAGGAGGCCCGCAUCCCCCCCAUCGAAGAGACCGGAGAGGAGAUCGACACCCUCCCCAGCGCCUCCUCUGCGGCGGGGGGAGGAGGAGAGCCACCCAGCGCCUUCCCCCAUAGCUGCGAGUUAUCCAUCUGAGCUCCUCUCCACUCCUCCUCCUCUUCCUCCUCCUCCUCCUCCUCCUCUUCCUUCGCCUCCCUCCUCUCCAUCAGCAUCAUCUGUCAUCCCACCAACUGAACUGUCACACUGAGGAGGGAAGUCAUCGCUCUGCUCAUCCCCUCGUUCUGCACACACACACACACACACACACCAAACACAUGCUUCAUAUCCUCUUCACCCGCCCCCCCCCCUCCGCACCCUCAAUCAUUCCUGCCACGUUGCGUUUUUCAUACUGACUGUGGCGUCGUUUUGCCUGUAAGUGUGUCCCUCCUCCUCUUCCUCCACCUCCUCCUCCACUUCCACCACCGCACGCAUGAAUCAGUAGAGUGUGGAGUCCAGAGAGUCUCCGCAGCAGAAAAGGCCUGUCCUUGUCCAUUCAUGUAUAUUUUUUACUCAAUGAUCCUUUUUUUUUGAAAAAAGCUUUUAAACUUUUUUUUUUUUGUUUCGUUGUUUUCGUUGUUGGGUUCGAUCUUUUUUUUUUUUCUUU